GAACUCCCACUGUCACUGUCCCAAUUUAAGGUUGUAGCGCUAAAGUCGCUAAGAAAGCUAAUCCUACAAUCUUUACUACCGACGUCAAUUUACCAAGUCACCGUUCUUCAAAUCUUCAGCCUCGUCACCUUUUUUACCAACAACUCGUGAAUUACACCCGAUUCCAACGUAGAAUAUUCAACUCACCAACUAAUCAAGUUUACUUCGAAGCUUCUCCGACUAUAUGUACCCAAUAGAACCAACUAUUCGGGCAUCCAAGAACGCGAUUCCAAGAUGGAGAUGGACGUAGAUAUGAUGAUGUCGGAGCGUAUACCCGAGAUAGGACCUGCACGCGAUCAUAACCAAUCGAGAAUGGAGUGGGCGAAAUUUCUUAGUCGAUGUAUCUCCUCUCGCCUUGAUGCAGAUACCUUUGAUAAUUAUAUCACCUUGCUGUACUCGAAGCAUCCGCUACCUCCAGCAAUCAUCGCCGACAUAUUUCUGAGACCUCAACCUGCAAACCACGAAAGCCUCGAUCCUCGAAUCCCACGUUAUAUCCAUGUACUUGCAUCGCGCAAGCUUAUAGAUACCCCUUCAGUACUCAAGGCAUUAUACAAGUAUUCAACUUCCCACGCACAAGCUCAAAAAGCUGGCCACCCUCUUCCUGAAGAUCCAGAGGAUAAAGCCCCGUUGAGAUGGGGCAGCUCGUACGCGUCCGAGGAGGUCAUCUUCUACCGCAUUACGAAGGCGGUUGCCAUAGGGACUGGUAUCGAGAAUGCCGGCGACGCUUUGCAAAUAUGCAAGCUUAUAGCCAAGUGGAUGACGUUAUUUUCAUUAGCCUCAGAAGCAUUUACACAUGAAGCGAUCGGCCUCGGUCAACUACAUGGUGAUCAGUUGCAAAGCCCACAAUCCAGAGAUGAAAUGGAAGCAGCCAGAGCUGCAUUUGUAAUGCUUCUAUUGGGAAUUUGUGAAAACCAAACGGUCCUGAGCGCACUCAGCCGCCCGCUUGCUAAGAAUGCACGAAGGGCUCUUUCAGAAAGUCUAGGCAACUUUAUACCUUCAAUAAUCCAGAGCGCAUCACAAAUAGCAACUCGACUGGAGCUAUUUCGUACCGAAACGCUCGCUUCGUUUGAGCCGAUCGAUAAGAAUAAGGAUGCCACUAACACCGUCAUGGACGACCUAGAAUCAUCUAUGGCUUUGGAGAACUUCGUCGUCUCUGAACUACCAAAUGUUAAUUCCCGAGCCGGUCUAUAUAUAUACUUGAACGCAAAUCUUGUUGGCCGACCGUUGAUCGAUGAUACUGCUCUCUUCAACUAUCUUCACAACAGAUAUCAGGGAGAUAUCCAAUCUACCACGAUUGAUCUUAUUCUAGCCUCAUUUGACAUUCUUGCAAAUGCAGUCUUUCGUAAUGAGGGCCAACAGGCUAGCCAUGUUCUUCGAUCAUACUUAAUUAAUAAGUUGCCUUUGCUUCUAGCAACUCUAGCGACAUCUAUGUAUCCCCCGCUGUCAGCACAAUUCUGCAUUACAGAGGCACUGAGCCAAGUUGAUACUAAUGCGUUUCCAACUCUGUCUGCCAUGUUUGAUGAUACGAACAAUAACAACAACACAUUUACCGAUAGUGUUCGACAAGACUUCUGCUUUGCUUGCUGUCUCCAUGGUUUGAUCCCAGAGUCAAGCAUAGAAGGUUUACUAGGAGAAAUAACAUACCAGACUCUACCACUAGCAGGCCGGUAUGUCAAAGAACAUCUUGUCGAUGAGUGUAUGGUUGAUGCCGAAAGGAUCCUCAAACUAAUCGGCGAAUUGGAUAAUAUGGAUGGCAACGUUGGGGCAGCCUGUCAGGCUCUGGCGGAGGUGAUCGGUCGCCUGUGCCAUAAUAAGGAGACAAUGACUCUAAAAAUUCUCUGCAGUCAGCUUGCUAAGAAACCGCUGUCGCUAGAUGUGAUGCUCUUGUUCGACAAGCCGAUAACCAUAUUACAUCCCCUUUGCGAACUACUUGAAAAUUGGCGAUACGAAGAGGAUCAAGGAGAAUAUCAACCAGUCUACGAAGAGUUCGGGUCUGUACUUCUUCUGGUUUUGGCCUUCGUCUACCGAUAUAACCUUUCUCCCAUGGAUCUCGGGAUUCGUUCAGAUUCAUUCGUGGCUAAACUUUUGGGCGUUAGCCAGCUUAAUAGGCCGCUGGGCGAAUUAUCUGAGCAGGAAGACCGUCACCUAGACGGAUGGAUCCACGGUCUUUUUGAUAUCGAAUCUGGUGGACUAGCGGAUGAAUUGUUAUCGUCAUGCCCUCCACAGGAUUUUUACCUACUUGUUCCAACGCUAUUCCACCAAAUCGUUCUUGCGUUCAGUACAAAUUACCUCGAUGAGGAAAGCCUCAAGACUGGUGUCGAAUAUCUCGUGAACACAUUCCUGCUCCCCUCUCUUGUACCCGCGAUGCUAUACAUGUCGAACCAACUCUGGAUUGAGCUUAGUAACAUUAAUAACAAUCUAGAACAUAAGGCGGUCUUGAAAAUUUUACAAUUAAUUCUCUUAACGAAGCAAGGAUCCUCUGAAGCGCAGACGAUGCUCGCUUCUGUUGUCAACAUAAUCGCAAUCCCACUAGAGUAUGGGUUGAGAUCAUACCAACGAUUCGACCCCAAAAGCCCGGCAAUAGAACCUCUAUUGAAGACGAUGAGGGACAAUCUACGGCUUUCGCGCCGAACAGCUAGCGCCGCCAAUAAUGAACUGGAGGCGUGGACGCAAACGGCGAAUGGAGGACUCGCCGCGCUGAUUCGACACAUGAUUCAGGGGUUUGUGACGUGGAGUGCUCAUCCAGGUCUUAACGUGAUGCCGACGUCCUACACCCACCGUCAAAUUCUAGUCGCGUUGAAAAUGCACGGCGCGAGGCGGUUCCUUUACACCAUCUUAGAAGAGGUAAAGUCGCACACGGAAGCCGGCCACGGAAGUAUCGCCCACGACGUGGCGACCGCCCUCAUAUGCGCCCCCGAUGUAACCAACAUGCCACCUCCAGGGGAAACCGCGCUUCUCAUAGACUCUUCAAAUCACCCGGUAGUACCGCCACAACUCCGGAUCUCGCUCCGCUCGGCGCUGAAAGCCGAAGCAGAAGAUUGUAAGACGAUACAAAAAUCGGACCCGGUCAUGGCCGAGAUCAUCGUCCGCCUAUACCGCAAGGUCGAGGCGCAGAUGCUCGCCCCGCCGCCGACGGAGUCUAUGCUACAAGGCGAACUAGCGAACCUUGACCUAAGCGAAAACGCCACGGCGCUCGGAGACGCACUGGCUGCUGCCGCCCAGAACGACGGCUUGGCGGACGAAACGAGCAUGAGCCUGGACCUCGGCGGCGGUAGCGAUAUGGGACAUCUCGGCGGCGAUUCGGGCCACGGCGGACUCGAUUUCGGCAGCGCUGAUGAUAUGUUCGGUAGCCUGACGGGUGGUGCCGGCGCGGAUUUGUUGGAUGGCUGGGAUAUGUCGUAGGGGGGUAGACCUGGCCGUCCUGACUAAUAGCGGUUUUUUACUGGAUUUAUUGUUGGCGGGCGUUUAUGUUUCUGGGAAAAGGUCCCUGGAUAUCGGUUAGGUGAUCUUGCGUCCUGGGAUGAAGAGACGAAAAUGCGAAACGGCAUUCUUAUCUUAAGUAUCUAUCUAUAUUUACCUAGUCUUAAGCUACUGCAAUUGAUAUUUUAUAGCAUAGGUUAUGGUUUAUGGACUGGAUUUCGGUACAUGUUCGUAUAACCUAUAUUAUGUAGGUACUAUCCAACAUACAUAUAGUAGUUAUUGAACAUUAAUUGCAUACUCG